AUGAAGCUGUCCAGGCAGGGUCUGCAGCGGCAAGAUGAGGGCCGCCUGCGGAGGCUCGCCGGGAGCGUGGCGUUUGAGCUCGUGGUCGCCGCGGCGAUCGUCGCGAACGGGCUGUUCAUUGCCGCAGAGGCCGAGUACAACGGCUUCGAGAUAGCAGCAGAUAUCGGGUACGCGGGUGCGGAGACUCCCUCCGCCGAGGAGGUAUGGCCGGAUGCCGAGUUGGUGUUCAGAGCCGCGUACUGGUGCUUCGGUGUGUUCUUCACGAUCGAGAUCCUGAUCAAGAUCGCGGGGGAACGCGGUGAGUUUACACGCAACGCAUGGAACUGGAUCGAUUUGGUUCUCGUUCUGUCCUGGAUUUUCAGUUUAGUCUUCAACUCCAGCAUCAAUCCCCAGAUCUUCCGGAAUAUCCGUCUGAUACGGGUGUUUCGGAUAGCCCGUCUUCUGAGGUUUAUGCGCGGUGACAUGUCGGACAGCUCUUUUAUCAUGGUGACAGCUCUCCAAAGUUGCGUGAUCACUGCCGUAUGGGCCGUCCUGCUAUUCUUUGUAAUUCAUUGUGCGCUGGCUCUCGUUAUAAACGAGGCCCUCGUGGAGUUGUACUUCUUUUCUGAAACCACUGACGACGUUGCCAAAGAAGACUUGUUCGUAUAUUUUGGAUCUUUCUCGCGCUCAUUCCUCACCAUGUUCGAGCUAACGUUCGCCAAUUGGGUAGCUCCUACCAGAGUGUUGAUGGAGAACGUCGGUGAGGCGUUUGUGUAUUAUGCCAUCCUGCACAAAUGCAUCGUCGGGAUCGCUGUAGCAGGAGUUGUCGGGGCAGUCUUUAUCCAUGAGACGUUGCAGGUGGUUCAGCAGGAUGAUGCAAUCUUGGUGCGACAAGCGUUGCGACGAGAGAAGGCUCACGCCACGAAGAUGCAAGCCCUCUUCGCCGAGUUCGAUCAGGAUUGCAGCGGUACCGUCACCAAGGAUGAGUUCAAUGAUAUAUGCCGCAACGAGUGGGUGCAGAUCUGGCUUCGCGCCCAGGAGAUCAAGGUCCAAGAUGCCUCGAGCUUGUUUGAGCUAAUCGACAACGGAGACGGGCAUCUAACAGCUGAAGAGCUCGUCAAGGGAACGUCCGCGUUGAAGGGCACAUCCGCAAUCGUGACCAUACUGCGCGAUCUCCGCCAGACCCGCCAGUACGUGCGCGAUAUCAAAGAUGAGCUGCUGCUUAACCACCGCGACGUCAAAGCACAGCGCACGUGGCAUUUGUGA